UCAUUUCAAGAAAAGAAAAUUAUUCGGCGUGCUUCUCUACCGCGGGAAGACGCGUGUUGAUUUUCACUAUUUUUUAAAAGCUUGAAAAAAAUUUCUUACUGUUUUAAAGUGAACAAAUUAUACGCUUUCUGUUUAAUAACAUCGAGUGCAACAAACUACACUUAGCAAUGGCUGAUCAAUAUUCCGGGUACGGCGCUCCGCAGGACUUUGGUGGUGGUUCGAUGCAAUUCUCGGUUCCUCCACCGCCGAUCUCCUCCGGCAAUUACAGCCAGCCGCCUCCGAUGGGUGGCGGAGGUAGCGGCGGCGGCGGUGGCUACAAUGCUCCUCCUCCGUCGAGCGGUGGCUAUGGAAGUCAGCCACCCAGUUCAGCAGGCGGCGGAUAUGGCGGGCAAAGUGAUUACAAAUCCGGUGGCCGUGACGGAGGAUACGGCGGUGGAAACCGCGAUGGUGGUUAUGGCGGUGGCAACCGUGGUGGUGGUGGCGGCGGUGGAUACGGAAACGGGGGACCUCGAGGUGGUAACCAAUCCGGUGGCUACAGCAGUGGCGCCGGCAACAAGGGUGGUUUUAAUAACAAAGAUGGCGAAAUGGUGACCCAAGAGGAUACGAUCUUCAUCCAGGGUAUGACCCCGGAAACGACCGAGGAAGAAAUUGCCGAACGUUUCGGCUCGAUUGGCGUAAUUAAGAAAGACAAACGCACCAUGAAGCCGAAGAUCUGGAUGUACAAAGAUAAGGAAACCGGCGACAUGAAGGGCGAAGCCACCGUUACUUAUGAGGACGCAAAUGCUGCCCAAUCCGCCAUCGGAUGGUUUGACAACAAAGAAUUCAACGGAUCCGUCGUGAAGGUCUCGCUAGCUCAGCGUUACAACACCUGGCAAAACAAGGGCGGAAGCCGUGGCGGUUUCAACAAGGGCGGAUUUGGAGGAGGCCGUGGCGGUGGUGGUGGUGAUCGCGGAGGCUACGGCGAUCGGGAUGGUGGUGACCGUGGCGGUUCACGAGGAGGCGGUCAGGGUGGUGGCCGUUUCGGUAGUGGAGGUGGUGGAGGAGGCGGUGGCGGCGGUGGUGGCCAGGAACGUGAAGGAGAUUGGACCUGUGGAGAGUGCAGCAAUAAAAACUUUGCCUGGCGAAACGAGUGCAAUCGGUGUAAGGCUCCGAAGGGUGAUGGCGCCGCUGGAGGCGGAGGCGGUGGUGGUGGAGGUUUCGGAGGCCGAGGAGGUGGUAGAGGAUCGUUCGGAGGUGGCCCACGUAACAGCGGCGGAGGCGGUCGUGGUGGUUUCGGCGGCAAUCGCGAUGGAGGAUUUGGAGGCGGCGGUGGUGGUGCCAUGCGUGGAAAUGACAGAAAUCGCGAUCAGCGACAACGGCCGUACUAAACCGGGAUUAGUAGAUAUUCCAUAUUAAAUAUAAGAUACAAAUCGGUCUCCCACGUUCAUCGCUAGGCCACCCUCUAAGAAUAAGAGAAACAAUCACCAGCACUCAUGUAUAAUUGCCUGAAAUUCCUAAUCGAAUUACUUGACGACAACACAGUAUGAAUACGGAAAAUUUGCUUGCUUCUUCUGUUAUGAGUUCUUCCCAAUUCUAAGGGAAGGCUCUGAAGAUUUAUUUUUAACCUUAGGAAUUCAUGACCCUGCUAAAUAACACAACUGUAAAACAAUUAUUUGGUAGGCACAGUCUUCUAUGUGUAGCAUCUCGAUUGAAUUGAUAAUUAAGUCGAUAAUUGAGAUUUUGGAUGUACCAUAUGAAAGGUAUGUCCUGAUUAGCGUUAAUAUUUCAAUUAUAAUGUUGUGAAUGGAACAUUGUAAACAAGUGAUGAAAAUACAGCAAAAUAAAAUUUCACUUAAUGUA